AUGCUUAGAGUUGAAGGUAAAAAAAUAAACGAUAUAAUCGGAUUUCAUGGAUUCUACCCUGGAUAUUAUGUAAGUUUUAUCUUAGCAGCAUUUCAAACUUAUGCUGGUCGUGGUAUUCGACGACAAAUACGUCCAUAUUUUCAAAAGAAUCAAACUACAAAAUAUAUUUAUGCAUGUAUAACAUGGUUAGGUACCCAAAUAGGAUUAUAUUUUAUUGUAACACCAUUUAUUUUAUUGGAAAUUCGAAAAGCUUGGUAUUUUUAUAAAUCAUGGUAUUUUAUAGUACCAAUUGUUUCAAUUAUUCUUGCAUUAGUAUUAAAUGGUGCAAGUUCAAAACCUAAGAAAAAACAAAAAUCAUCACAAGGAAAAGAAAGAAAAACAUCAAAUUAA